CUCAUUAUCAAGAAGAAUUUCUCCCACAACCAGAAGGGCCAUCGGAACUGGAGUUACCCAUGGCGGCCUUCAUGGGCCAUUUUGCAGAGCCAUGCUACACUCCACAGCCAGAUCCAAACUAUAAAUUGAGGCUUCUCAUGGAGGAGUUUGCUCGAGACAGUGAGAGAUCAUGCUCCAGGAUGGAUCAUUGUAUCCAGGCCUAUCGUGAAAUGGAGGAGAUCCUCCCGAGCCUUAAGAAGAGCGUCGAUGAUCUUGAGCAAUCUUGUGCACAACCUGCUCCAGAUGACCCUCCUGCUACCAUACUAGAAGAGGAGGAGGAAGAAGAAGGCAACAAGGACAUUGUGGAGCACACUGAAGUUGUCACGGAGAGCUCCCGUGAUGAUCAUGAUCAGGAAUGUCCUGUCGUAGCCGACCACACCUUCCCACAUCCCAAACUGAGCUUUGAAGAGGCGAGCAUGAGUGAGGAGAUGCAAGAAGAUCUCAUGAAAGAAAUUGCUUGGCAACUUGCUCUCCAAUCCGUGCUAGAAGAAGAAGAGCAAGAAAGGGUGCAGAAAGAAGUUGUGGAGGAUGACGAAAGUGAAGCAGGAGGAGUUCUUGAUCAUUUCCCAGGGGUGAUACCACAUGAACAAGGAAGGGAGGUUGAAGAAGCAAUUGGUGUUCAGGCCGAGGACGAAGUUAAGGUGGAAGAGGCCUGCACCGGCCAUGAGUUGCAAGUAAUAUCCCCACCAAACUUCGAGGAACUGCUUAGCAAGGAGCCAUUUGCAGUGUCUCUUUGCCAGACCAAGGCCACAUCGACAUCGGUUCCUCUUGGUGGACGCGAUGGUGGUCAAUCGAUGCUGUCAUAUCUAGUUUGGGGCAAUGAGACGAGAGAAGAGAAGAAGAGGUCUCGAGGGUGGAGACGUUAUCUGCAUCAAGUGCACGAGCUUCCAUCACCUGUCAUACCACAUGCUCGUGGCUUGAGACUCCACCUCAUCGACGAGAACCUCAACUUCAAGGAGGUUUUGGGGUGGACCGAAACUUAGGAGCCAUCGUCCGGCUCACGAUGUGAAAGAAGCGCUUGUUGGGAGGCAACCAACCAGUCGGUUUGCAUUUCUUUCUCUAUUUCUCCUUGGUUGAGUCAGUUUUGUUAUUUGAUUUUAGAGUCAAUAACUCAACCUUUGUGCGAUUUUGUGUGGUGUUUGUGUUCUGACCACUCUCUCCUCCUAGAAUACACCUCCUGCCCCAUCCACCAUCAUUCACCCUGGAUCUGGUAACUUCGUUCUACCCUCCUUAUCUUUCCUCCAUUGAGGACAAUGUCGUGCUUAAGUGUGGGGGGAUGUUCGAUUAUGUAUGCGGGUGAAUGUUGGCUUUUUGUGUGCUUGGAUCCUAGGCCACUGUCCAAAUUUUUAAAUUUGAGGGCUCCAAGUACAUGUUUCCUUGCAAAUUGCCUGCUCAGUAUGCUUUGAAUUGACAGUCUUUAUAGUAAUAUGCAACCUAGGGAGGUAGUGUAGCACUAUGGAGGAUGUUGAUGCAUUUAAGAAGUCUCCUUUCUUCUUCAUAUUGUGUUGGUUGAUUGUGUGAAUAAGUGAUCUUAGGACUC